AUGGAAAAUUCAACCGUAAAUAGUGAUGAAAAUCAGUUCACAGAAGGACAUGAGAGAGAUAUGGAUGCCCAGCAUCAAAAUUUGGAGGAGAACCAGAAAUUUAUUGGAGAACAGCUGGACGUACACCUCAUCGAAGAAGAAUAUCAAAGGAUCAAGGUUGUCGAGACGCUGGGAGAAGAAAAAAGUCUUACGAAAACAUUGGAGUUUGUUGAUGAGGCUGACAAUGCUGAGUUGAUUCGCACACAGGAGUCACGGAGCGAAAUUACUGAGGAAAUCAAGUUGCAGAAAAAUAAUGUGAAUGUGAAUGUACCUCAUCCGGAACUGGAAGACACUGAGAUGGUUUCCUCUAACGGAGAAAACACCAAGCUCCUGACCAUUCUAGAAUAUUUUCCGGCAACAGUAGACGAACAAAUAACCGAAUCUGUUUUGAUUACUAUGGAUGAUCUGGUGAUUCCUCCAAGAACAGAAGCUAACGUGCGAGGAAGUUUGGAGAUGGCCAUUAAGGGAGAUGUACUAGUUUGCGAGCCCUGCGAUAUAGGAAAUCCUCAAGCACACGUAGCUCGCACAGUGGUGAGGAAUGAACAGAAGAUUCCAGUGAAGAUAAUGAAUUUAUCGUGGAAAGAAGUCAAGCUGAAGAAGGUGGAAACAACCCGUAUAAUGUAUCACUGUGGGAUGCAUAGUCACUCGUCUUUGGUGGAGGGAGGAAUUUCAAGUUAUGUGGAUAAGCUGGGAGCAGAAGAUUGCAGGCUACUUCAUCGCUAUCGCGCACUGAAACUCUAUGAACAGGAUAUUGGGCAGAUAACGAUGAAUGGAUCGACUACCGCUUCACUAACAAUCUUGGGAUCGGUAGAUGCUACUGGAUCAUGUGACGGAACAAUAUACCACGAAAAUGGACGAACCUGGAAAGAUGUUGUCAUCAUGGCCAGCGUGAAAAUACAAGCUAGGGAUUACGAGGCCAAAGUCAAUCUCAACGAGAAUGAGAUUAGCUUACAGGGAGGUGUAACUUGUCCCUUCAUGAAAGGAUACUGUUUCGAUACUAUAUUGGGAGAAAGUGUAUGGGACAUAAUGGCCGUAGACAGUGAUAACGACAACGGGGAGGGAUCCAUGCAAAUGGACGACCUCACCGUACCACCAGUGGCAGGGCCUGUCGAGCAAUCGGCAGUUAACAAGGACACUGGUAAAAUAACCGAGGGGAUCAAGAAAAUCGACCUUGUGAAGAAACUCUCUGGAGCGCAGCGAAAAAAGGAGCUGAAAGAGAGGAAAAUGGCAGCCGGGACAUUCAUGUGCUACGAGCUUACAAGUGAUGAAGAUUAG